AUGACAGACAGCACAGCGAAAGGCCAUGAGCCAGAAGCAGGAAAUAAUUCAGAAUUUCCUGACUCGGAUACCAUUGCACACAAAAAAGGCUUCCUACCACUUCUGUCCGAUAAUCCCCAGCAACGUCAAAUAAAGACUGUCUUCAUUGACGAGUCCAAUGUUCCAUCUGCUCCAAGGACUCCCAACGAGAAGCGAUUUGAUCCCUGGACCAGUGGACAUGCACAAAGAGAUACCCUCAUUCCCCUACUUCCCGAUCGUGGUACGCAUUGUUCAAAACAGAGCGUUCCCGGUCACGGCCCAAACAUAGGAUCUGUCUCUCCGAGAUCUCUAUCAGCGGGUGUGCUGAACAUAGAAGGGCCUUCGCAAGAGCAUCGAGAGCAUGUCGCUGGAGCCGUUGCCCAGAAGAACGACGUACGCCUAACUCGAUCAAAACCUGUACGUCAUUAUGAGUGGCCGUUAAUCAUUAAUGGUGUCUAUCAGGGAGAGGGACCGUUACCAUCAUGUCGGAUUGAAGACAAUGGGUCGCCCACUAAACCCAAACCAUACGCUUGGCCACUCAUCAUUCUUCAUCGGGCGCGUUCUGUAGAGGAUGGUGAUCAACUAUCAUGUCCAAGCGGCGAAGAAGCAAACAAGAAUGCUGCAGGGAGGAAAGAGAAGGUCGAGAAGGUCAAAACAGACGAUAAAAGCACUGAUGAGGCGAGAACGACGGAUGGCGUCUCCGCAAAACUUUGA